GCUGUGAUCUCCUGGUGGUCCUCCGGUACUGGGGGAGCAGGGCUCCUGGGGGCAUUGUCCUACCUGGGCCUCACCCAGGUCGGCCUCUCUCCCCAGCACACCCUGCUGUCCAUGCUGGGUAUCCCCGCCCUGAUGCUGGUCAGCUAUUUCUGGUUGCUCAUAUCUCCUGAGCUCCAGGAUCCUGGAGGGGAAGAUGAGGCAGAGACUGCCGCUCGGCAGCCCCUGAUGAAUGAGGCCCCAAAGUCAAAGCCAGGCCCCAGCUCAGACUUCUCCCCCCGGGAGAAGUGGAUUGUGUUCAAGGGCCUGCUGCGGUAUAUCAUCCCCUUGGUCCUGGUGUACUUUGCCGAGUAUUUCAUCAAUCAGGGGCUUUUUGAGCUCCUCUUCUUCCGGAACACGGCCCUGAGCCACGCUCAGCAGUACCGCUGGUACCAGAUGCUGUACCAGGCCGGCGUCUUCGCCUCCCGCUCUUCUCUCCGCUGUUGUCACAUCCGCUACACGUGGGUCCUGGCCCUGCUGCAGUGCCUCACUCUGGCCUUCCUUUUGGCGGACGUAUGUUUGAGCUUCCUGUCAAGCAUCUACUUCGUCUUCCUGAUCAUUCUGUUUGAAGGGCUCCUAGGGGGUGCAGCCUACGUGAAUACCUUCCACAACAUUUCCCUAGAGACCAGUCCCAAGCACCGGGAAUUCGCCAUGGCAGCUGCCUGUGUCUCCGAUACCUUGGGGAUCUCACUAUCAGGGCUCCUGGCCCUGCCUCUGCACGACUUCCUUUGCCACCUCACCUGACACUACAGAUCCUUGGGACACAGGACAUAUUGACCUGGGCAAUGGGCAGGCAGGCCACAGCUCCAGCUGAGCCCGGACCUCCCUGGCCUGCUGGUGUGAGCCAAUGGUGGCGUUGUUUCCCGUUCCUGCUGGCCUGGGGGUGCAAGGUAGGGGGUGGUGUUUCUUGGCAUUAUACCCUCAGAAUAAAUGCCUAUUUUAUC